CAACAACAGAACUCAGCUGUUCGGCAGCUAGCUGACUAGCCGGCCUAGUUAGUUACUCAACACUGUUAUUCGCAGUUUAUUUUGAAGUUGGGAGUUGUAUAAGUCGAUUUAUAGUUACUAUAUGUUGAAACACAAAGCAACUUAUAUAAAUUCCACAACAAGGCAUUGCGAUUCGGUAUAAUUUUAAAGUCCUUUGUCUUCUAUCUGCUAGCGUUAGCUUUUAGCAGCUUAGCUUUUUAACUAAGGACGAGAGGAGCCCGUUCGACCAAAAGAUUUCUCCAGGCCAGAUAUAUUUAUGGAAAAGCUCGACCACAAGACCACCCGGUGGAGAUUCUGACCUCCACCAAUAUUUAUUCUUCAUCUGCAAUUAUGUCACCACGAAAACGACCCCUGGUCCCUGUAAGCAGCCGGCGGAAAGCAGUGGAUGACUACUUCCCUUUCAACUUCCUGCCGGUGGAGUGCCAGCUGCACGUCCUGUCCUUUUUGAACGAGUUGGAUAAAUGUAGCUGUGCUUUGGUUUGCUUAAGUUGGAGCUGCCUUGUCCGCUCAUGGAAGCUGUGGCGGGUAGCAGACUAUUCCCGUCGCGGCGUCUUCCACCUCGGUCAGGAGGGGCUGCUUGUUUCUAACCGUGAGUUUGAGAGGUGGAAAUCUUGGGUCCACCAUUACACCCAUCACCUCAUUUCCCGGCGAGCCAGCCUUCUCACCCUGAAAGCCAGUUUUGACCUGGGCGAUCGCUGCAACAAGUGGAGUGAGCUGCUGAGUCACCUGCUGGAUAAUGUCCACUGCAGAGACCUCAGCCACCUGGACCUGAACUGGACAUUUACUCUUCUUGAGCCACUGGACCUCAGGGUCCACACCAGCUCCAGUUCACAUCAGGACAGCAUCACCAAGAUGGACCAGGUGAACAGUUUCCAGGAACUGCUGACCAAACUCACCCACAGCUGCCCGCGGAUUUCCAAGAUGCGGCUACACUUCGACUGGUCGGAUGUGUCCGUGUCACUGCUCACGCAGUUCCAGCAGCUCCGAGUCCUCGAGUUAAAAUACUUCUGGGUCUUUAAAGGGGUGACUCCAAUGACACUGCAAACCCUAACCAAAUCCCUGCCUAACCUGAAGUGUCUGACUUUACAAAUCCUGGUGCCGCUGAGGAACCUGGGCAUCUCGUACAUUCUGGAGUCUCAAUCUCUGGAGUUCCUGGAUGUGUCGCCCAGCCGCGGCUUGGUCUUCUCCUGUCUGAGGCUACCCGCCUUGCGCGAGCUUCGCGCCAAGAAGAUCGUCCGUGGAAUCACACUGGACCGGAGGACCAGGCUGAGGAUCCAGAGCCGAUGGCCCUGUCUGUACCAUGUACUGCGGGAUGGGACGCCCAAGCUCCAGGCCCUCAACAAUGAGAGGUUACUCCCCACAUGGAGAGAGGAGAGUUAUGGGGAGCUGUCGGCCAUCCUGGAACAGUCCUGCUACUGUGUUCAGCAUCUGGACAGCUGGCUUUGGUAGACAACUGACUUGAAAUUAUGUACAUUCCAUCGGUGGUCGUCAAAUAUAUUUUUGCUUUUACAUACAUCAUGUUGUCCACAUUUAAAUGAACUGAACAUGUACUCAGAUGGACAAAUACAGUCAUGGAAAAAAAUUAUUAGACCACCCUUGUUUUCUUUUAAUUUAUUGUUCAUUUUAGUGCCUGGUGCAACUAAAGGUAAA